CUCCGUACUCUGCACAGGUAACGUUUCAUUUGGAAGUAAACUAAUCUUUUUUAGUUCAUUUCAAACCGCUUAAUGUUGCUCUAACUUGUUGCUUGUUAUUAUUUCUUAUGUGUCCAUUUUUUUAGCGAUGGCUUCUGCCAGAAGUGCUGGGGAUAAUUUCCUUUGUUGCAUCUGCCACACAGUUUUCACCAAACCCGUGUCGAUCCCUUGUGGACACAACUUCUGUCUUGACUGUAUCACAGACUACUGGGACAGGAUGACCACCGUGUUCCCGUGUCCACUGUGUAAAGAAGAGUUUCACAUCAGGCCGACGCUUCGGGUUAACACUUUCAUCGCUGAGUUGACGGCACAUUUUCAAAAAAGGAAAUCCUCUGCUGUCCCAGAACAUGCAGGAAAGGUGCUCUGUGGUGUCUGUACAGGGGAGAGGUGUACAGCCCUGAAGUCCUGCUUGGUGUGUUUCAUGUCGUACUGCAGAACACAUCUGGAGCCUCAUCAGAGAAUUUCGGUCUUGAAGAAGCACAAGCUGAUCGACCCGGUUGAGAACCUGGAGAGCAGGAUAUGUCAGAAGCAUGACGAGCCUUUGGGGCUGUUCUGCAUUGCAGAUCAGAUGUUUGUGUGUGACUCCUGUAAACAUCACCAGCAUAAAAAACACAGGAUAGUGACUCUAGAGGAGAUGGCUGAAAUGAUAAAAACCCAGCUGGGGGGAAAAAAGACAGUCGCAGAUGGGAUGAUCCAGACACGGCAGCAGAAAAUUCAAGAGAUUCAAAACUCUGUGGAGGCGAGCAGAACUGACGCAGGGACGGCGCUGUCAUGCAACAUGCAUGUCAUGAGUGCAGUAGUCGAACACAUAAAGAGGUGCCAAGCUCAGCUGAACGAGGUCAUUGAGACAAAGCAAAGCAUUUUCGAAAACGAUGCACACAGAUUAAUUCAAGAUCUGGAGGUCGAAAUUCUGCAAGUAAAGCAGACCAACUCGCAGCUUGAUCAGGUCCUAAAUGACGGCAACCCGUUUACACUCCAUGAAAGGUUCCGUUCUCUCCGCAUCACUGAGUCCCAGGUGAAAGAUUGGUCCGGCGUGAAUCUAAAAAGUGAGCAUUUUUCACUGCAGGGAGCCAUGACCAAGCUGGAGACCACCGUCAAGAGAGAAGUGAGUACGCUGUGUGAUCCUGACUUGAAAGAAAAGCAGCAACAUGCUGUAGAGGUAACUCUGGAUCCUGACACGGCAAAUGUGCAUCUCACUGUUUCUGCAGAUGGGAAACAAGUCGCAGGAGGAGGCAGGAUGACAAAUCUCCCGAACAUCCCACAGAGGUUUGCUUGGGGUGCCCCCAAUGUCCUGGCAAAGGAAGGAUUCUCCUCUGGGAAAUUUUACUAUGAGGUCCAAGUUAAAAAUAGAACACAGUGGAAGUUAGGAGUUGUAAAACAGUCCGUCAAUAGAACGGGUGAAAAACGACUUGGUCCCCAGACUGGUUAUUGGAUGAUUUGGCUGAAGGGGGAAGGUCAAUUUAUAGCCACUGAAGACCCUUGGGUUGACCUCCACAAGAGGGAGACGCUUCAAAGGGUUGGCAUCUUUGUUGACUGCGAGGCGGGUCAAGUUUCUUUCUAUGACGUGGAUGCCAGGGUAAAAAUCUUCACUUUCACUGGAUAUUACUUCGCGGAGAAGCUCUUUCCGUUCUUCAGCCUGUGCUCUGACACGUGCAAAAACUCCGCCCCCUUGAUUAUUACGCCUGUCAAAUACGCCUGAAAAGACAAGCUUUGACCAUAUGAUUGUAAGAAAUGCUGUACAUUGCAUUGAAUUUAAGAUUUAAUUUGUGCUGUUGUCAGUAUCACAUAUAUAAUGUCCUGCAGGAAUAAUAGGAAAGGACUUUUUACUGUAUUGUUUCAGUUUUCUAAUGUGGAUCUAGAUAACAAUGUGUUUGACUUAAAUGGUAUUGAGUUUCAUAGUCCUCAUCUCGACUGAUAGAAUGUUUUGUGGAUUUUCCAUGUGGGGGUUUAUUUCCAUUUACUGAUUCAGAUUUCAGAUUAAGUUCCCAAAUAAUGUGCAUACAUUUUACUCCAGAUGUGUGUGUGUGUGUGUAAUAUAUUCAAACAUCCCUUGGAAAACUUCUCACUGAAAUAGUGUUUCCGAAAUGGGAGAAAAGUUACUAAUUUUCAAGAUUGUAAUUGUUAUAUUUGCUUGAAUUGGCCUGAAAUAGGUUAUCAAAGUGAGUCCCCAUAGAAAAGGUUUUGGAGAGACACUGUU